CUGUCCAGUUACACUCAGGUGUCGGUGUACUUCAUUGUUCAAAACUUCAAAUCAGUCUGCUGUGAUAUGUUCGAAUUGCGUUGAUUGCAACUCGAAUAGUUUUUGUUUUAAAUUAUCAAAGGCCGAGUGUUGAAAGUCGGCCUGAGGGAAGCGAGGAGGUCAAUUUUGUCAAUUGAGUCUCUCUUUCCAAAUGGCCGUACCGACGAAUCGUUUCAAAUCGAUAGGCACAGUUGAAGAACAAUUAACUUCAUAGCAUAUUUUUAUGUUCUUCGCCGGUGAUUUCUUCAGAACGAAAAUAAACCCGGCGGCAGGCGUGAUGUAAAAACUCGGGACCGAAACACUUUUCUCGUCCCAAGCAGCUAGUCAAUAAUCGAAAACAACUCGAACAUGGAUCGAGGGUUGUGGAGUACCAUAUACAGUAAAACAGUGAUGUUCCUUCGAGAAUUGGAACAGAGGACCAAAAUACUUGCGGCCAUGUUCAAGUACAGUUCUUGUAUUGGUUGAUAUAUGGUCUAUAUGGAGUCGAGGAAUGGCACUCUUCAAUCAAGUGGGACAAAUCAACUAACCUUUCUCUACAUGUCAGACAUAUACGCAGGCUUUUAGUCUUCACUUUGCCCAAAACAAAUCUCUACAUUAGAUCUGACUGUCAAAUGUGGCAUCAGAAUAUAGACAAACUUCUUCUUAGUUAUUUGGAAGCGGAGGAAAGUCCAAGAAAAUUGGAAGAGAAGAAGAAACUGGAAGCCCAGAUCAAGAACUAUCUAAGUAUUGUCCCUCAUAAGGACAAAUUUUAUUUUCGAGAAACAGCCCAAGUGUUACAUCGGAGUGUUGAAGAAAUAGAAGAUUUCACGGCAUACCAAACAACUGCAGCAUGGUCUGCACUUGUAGCUUAUGCCCACAAUCUCAUCGUGCAACCUUGGCGCAAAGAAUUCAGGGAAAUUAAGACAUAUAGUGGCUUUUAUAAACAUCACAUCGAAGCUAGCUUGAUUGGAGGAGAAAUAAUUCUUGAAUUGAUGGGUUAUCAAUCUAAUGGAAGCGGAUCUAUGAGACUUAAUGGCCCUGUCAAUAAAGAACAAAUUAUGAAGGUUUCCAAAGAUUCAUUUAUUGCAUUGGUUGAAUGUCAGAUAAUGAGGACAAUAAUUGAAAAUAUGAUCAAAUCUGUUGGAUACUGCACUUGGUUUGAUGUUCUGCAUUAUCGAGAGACCCAUAUUUGUUCACCAGAAGAAGCAACAAAAGACCUAAUAAAUAUUGCCCAACAGUAUUAUUAUCGAGAUAUGUACACCAAAUACGCACCUGACCAUGUAGGUUGUUCGACUAAUUAUAGAUACAGUCAUCCUCAUGUAUCACCUCAUUCUAUAUAUAUGCAAGGAGCUCAACCAUUAUAUGGAACGUAUUUAUCUCAGCCAUUGGUUCCACACUUUCCAAUUUGCUCUCCUAAUGGAUAUUACACGACAUGUAAUUAUGAAAUUUCCUCUAAUACUAAGCCAUAUAGUUGUUCUGUUCCGACUGCCAAGUUAAUAGAACUUGAACCAUCACCUUCCUCAAAUAGUGGAUUGCAUAAAAGGAGCAUUUCAGAUGUGAAAGAUCAUGGCAGUAGACAGCAUUCCAGUUAUGAAGAUUCUUAUAAGCACAAAUCAAAAGAUGAAAGAUGUGAUCUACAUUGGAGGUACAAUUCCAAUAAGAGUGCCAACAGUAAUUUUUUUAAAAAUAAUGAAUUAUCAGAUGUAACGUCAAAUCUUCUAGAGCCUCUGAGCCUAAAUGAAACUUCCUCGAAACAUAACUCAUCUGAGCCCUCAUGUUCAAAACAAGAGACUUACGUCAGUGCCAGAAAAAAGGCAAAAGAUUACAGUGUGGUUGAUUCAAGCAAAGCCAGUCAGCCUGCUAACACUGAUAAAAGCAAACAGUCCAAAGAUAGCACUAGUGCAUUUCAUGAAGAAACCAAUGAUUUCUGGGCAUGUUAUUCGUGCACGUACCAUAACAAUAUUAAUCUCACAAUUUGUGAAAUGUGUAACAAAAGUCGAACUCAAGGGAAUGAGAUUCAACCUCUUAUAAGUGGUGGAAGCCAAUGUCCUAAUUGUACACUUGUAAAUGAAAAAGGUCUGAAGAACUGUAAAGCAUGCAACAUAUGCCUUGAAAAUUCUCCUACAUACAUUUAACUACGACUGAACAGAAGUGUCCAUUUAAAUUGUUUGUUGGUAUGUAAUUUUUAUGAUUGUUAUUUAGAUCAAGUGCCUUUUCUACUAUAAUAAGUCAAUCAAACAAAUAUUUUAAUUAAAAAUUACAACAAACGUAUUUUAACUUACAGUGAUAUAAUUGCUUAGUCAUAAACUAUUUAACUGACAGAUAGAUAUUUCUUGUUACAUUUACCAAAAUUUAUGGAAUGUUAUUGUUUUAAAAACUCAUUGUAUAUUUAUUUUAUUUUAUUGUAGUUUAAACACUUUUCUAUUGAUAGUUUAAACCAUAACCAUAGGUUAAUAAUUUACAAUGUAAAAGGAAACACUUUAUUAUAUUGUAUCAUGCUUUAAGGAUUGCAUAUAUGUUGACUGUUCAUAUUUUAUUUCUUAAAAUAAAAG